GUAUCAAAUAAGUUAGUUUUAACAAGCAAAUCACAAAACUAAAAACAAAAAACCAUCUUCAUACUUUCACCUCCAAAUUGCUUAACGACAACCACACGGCGAAAAUGGAUAACACAUUAAUUGAUGAGGAUCUGACUCCCGAGCAAAUUGCCGUGUUGCAAAAGGCCUUCAACAGUUUCGAUCAUCAAAAAUGCGGCAGCAUCUCAACUGAAAUGGUUGCUGAUAUUCUCCGUCUUAUGGGCCAGCCCUUCGACAAGAAGAUCUUGGAAGAACUGAUCGAAGAGGUUGAUGAAGACAAAUCAGGCCGUUUGGAAUUCGAAGAAUUCGUCCAACUCGCUGCCAAAUUCAUUGUUGAGGAGGAUGAUGAAGCCAUGCAAAAGGAACUGCGUGAAGCCUUCCGUUUGUAUGACAAACAGGGCAAUGGCUACAUUCCAACCUCUUGCUUGCGUGAAAUCUUGCGCGAACUGGAUGACCAGCUGACCAAUGAGGAAUUGGACAUCAUGAUUGAGGAAAUCGAUUCUGAUGGUUCCGGAACCGUGGAUUUCGAUGAAUUCAUGGAAAUGAUGACUGGCGAAUAAAUAUUUAUUCUAAUAUUUAUGCACUGGAAAUUUUUGAUUUUACUUUUGUAUAUAAAAUUAUAGCUGAAUAUUAGAUAUUUAAAUCCCAGAAUAUCCAAAUGCGAAAUAUCAAAACUAUUAAGCAAAAACAAAAAAAAAAAAAACAAACAAAAAAGUCAAGAAACAAACACAAAACAGAUUAAUAUGCAAUUUUAAAAGCAUUGUAUGAAAUUCUCAUCUGCUGAAUGGAAAUGUAAAAAAAAAACAAUCUGCCAAAUAAAUUCUUUUAAUUAUUUUGUAUAAAA